CAUGGCACCAUUUUUUGUGCGGAAAGAUGAACUGUCGGUAGACUGCGGUUGCGUCACAUGGGGAAACAGAGUUGUCAUCCCAAAAGCACUACAAGCGGAAGUAUUGCAACUUUUGCACGAAGGACACCCAGGCGUGACGCGCAUGAAAAUGUUAUCGAGAAGCCACGUUUGGUGGCCUAAGUUAACCACGUGCAUUGAGGAAGCCGUAAAAGGCUGUUCAACCUGCCAGCUUACUCAGAACGCAGCACCUAAAAUACAGGGGUCAUCGUGGGGUUGGCCAACCAGACGUUGGCAGAGGGUUCAUUUGGACUUUGCAUACUACAAGAACGAAUGGUUUUUGGUUCUUGUUGACGCCUACUCCAAAUGGGUGGACGUCCAAUACAUGAAGUCAACCACAGCGGCAAACACUGUGGAAACACUACGCACGGUUUUUGCAGCUUUCGGACUUCCGGAGAAAAUUGUGACGGACAAUGGUCCUCAAUUUGUGUCUGACGAAUUUUCAAAUUUCCUCAGAACGAACGCUGUGCAGCAUACGAGGACACCGCCGUACCACCCAGCCUCAAAUGGAGCAGCGGAAAGACUUGUCCAGACAGUCAAACGAAGUCUCCUACGCCAAUUUCGGGAUGAGGAGAGCACAGGAGUGACUCGGACGAUUCGACAUCGACUGGAUCAGUUUCUCUUCGUAUACCGUAACACACCGUGUCCAACAACUGGUAAGACGCCAGCCGAACUUUUUCUGUCCUGGAAGCCACGCACGAGGCUGAGCAUCUUGCACCCCGAAUUAGCAAAGCGGACGGAAAGAGGUGUUACUCAAGGGCAAAGCCGCCCAAACGGAACUUCAUGGAGGGAGUUCGAAGCGGGCGAUAGCGUUCGAGUAAGAGGGACCAGACCGGGUGAUCCAAAAUGGUUAGAAGGCACUGUCGUGCGGCGCGUCAGCUUGUCUACAUACAUAGUCAAGGUUCAAAGCCAAGAGAGGUUUGUCCAUGUGGACGACAUUACUUCACACGCAUUUGCUAUUCCUGCGCCCAGAACGAUCCGGAUUCCAGAGGAGACCAGUACACAGCAACCGCCUGACCCGGCUUUGGCAGUCCAGCCUCAAGUAGAAGACGAAACAGGGACCCCAUUGGCAACGCCUGUGUCUACUGAAGAUGAAGUCGCCACGGAAAACAACGCUCCGGUACCGCAACUACGACGAAGCUCGAGAACACGAAAGCAACCCGAACGUUAUGGCUUUGAAACAAAAUAAAAAGGGAAGGAAUGUAGUAGCCGAUAGGAGGCCUAUCGGCAUGACGUCACAUACACUGCGUGGCGUAUCUGUAUAUAUCGGCAUGCG